AUGUUUCGCUGCCGUAAAUCAAAACACUGUGAGGAAUUAGAAUUAUGAUUUACAGUUGAUGAUUAGGGUUAGAAAUUAGAUUUAGGGUUUUCGUCACUCUGAUUGGUUCGUCUAUAAAUUAUAGUCUCGACAAUUAUUCAAUAUGUUUUAUAACUUUCUUUUUCUAUCUCAUAUUUACUUUAUAUUAGAUAAUCUAAGACGAAGUUUUUCAGUUCGACCUAUUAAAACAAAUAAUUCAGCAUUUACAACUUAUGUUUCAUGUACUUCAUUAAAACAAAAAACAUUACCAACUGAAUUAUUAGAAUAUAAUUUACAUGAUAAAAAUGAUUUAAAAACGUAUUAUCAACCACGACAUAGUUUUGAACAACAACAGCAACAACAACAACAACUUACUUCAGACAUAAAUAUAUUCUCUAUAUUGAAUACUGAACACCAACAUCAACAAUCACAACAAUGGAAACGUGAACAUAAACGUAAACAUUUUAAAGGUAUUGCACCGAAACGAGCAAAACAUGAAAAUAAUUUUACAGUGAGUUUAAGUGUUAUAUGAAAUAAUACUAUCAAGGGUAUAGUGAAUUUUAUUAAGAAUCAUUCCUCAUUGAUUUUGAACAGACUUGGUACAGAAAUGUUCAAAUUGAGGGCUUAUUAAUAAAUAUCUACUUAAUUCUAUAUACUAAUUUAUUUGUAUAGUUUGAUUGAAUCCGUUUAAUGACAAAUUUAAUAUGUGGAACCUAGUACUAUAUCAAACCCACAUGGACUAUUCCGGCUUUCGGACAGACCAAUUUGUUUAUUUGUCUUGAGCCAUAUUUUUAUCUUGUCAAUUAUCCACUCACUAACUUUGACUAUUUUCAUUUGUUUCAAGAACAACCACAACUACGCAACAUUCCAUUACACCAACGAAUUGGUAUACCUCAAAAAGAUUCUUCACAAUAUAUACAAGAGACUCAAUCAACUCCACGGGAAUUAUUCACUUUAAAUAAAUUAAGUCAAUUUACGAACGGUGAACUGAUAGACAUGGAAAAUGAAAACUAUCCUCAUCACUAUAAAUUAUCUAAAAAAGAUAUUAAACAUGUCCUACCAUCAUUAACCAACAUGACGAUGAUGAAGCCGACAAUAACAACAGUAUCAGUAACACCUGUCACAUCAACUACUAAUAAUAUUAUGAGUAGCGUACAACGAUAUCAUACAAAACUAUACCACCCACAAGUAGCACCUCCACCAACAGCAUUACCAUCGUCAUCAUCAUCUAACUGGAUAAUAAUGCCAAAUCAGAAACAAUGGAAUAACCAGAAACAAAAUUCCCACGAUGGUGAUGAGUCGUCGUCUUGCUGUAUUUCACAAAACGAUAAUGAAAGUGAAACAACUAGUGGUGGGAAUGAUUUGCGUCAUCAGAAUUCGGAGUUCAAAUCUAGAACACUACCAAGAGGAAUAGACCGAUCUAUGGAUCCGAUGAAAACAAUAAAAAAACCAGCUAAACGAAUGAAAUAUUACGAAUCGAACUCGGCUAAUAUUGACCAAGAUUCAAUUUCCCAAGAAUUACUGCAUAAUAAUGAUGAUGCUAAGAAGAGUAGUUCACCGAUAACGCAUAAUCUUAUUAAAAGCACUACUAAUAUUAAUAAUAAUAUUUGCAAACCAAUUUUUGAAAAUCUACAUUUAUUUGAAAGUUCCAGUGAAAUUUUUCAAUGUAAUUGUAAAUUAAGUAGUAAUAGUAAAUAUCAAUUCCCAUCUAGUUAUUCAGUAAUUGAUGAAACUUUAUCAGAUGUAAAAAUUAGAGAUGACAAUACUAGUGGCAGAAUCGUGCGAAAAAAUGCAUCAUGGAAUGAUAUGAGUUAUAGAAAUGAGUAUUUAUGCUAUCAUGAUGAUGAUGAAGUGGAGGAGAGUGACGAAGAUGAUGAACUAGAUGAGCAGACAAAUGGAAAUACUGAACAGUCUUCAGAGGUGGAUAAUUCUAGUAUUGAACGAGUUGAAGAAAUAAAACUACAUGUAAAUAUUGCACAGACUGAUAGCAAAAUGCUUUGUUCUACCAUGGAUUAAGUUGUAUUCGUCACAGAUGAAAUCAUGUUUAUUUAUCCACCAGAUCCAAAUGGAUUUAGAAAUCUACAAGACAAUCAGUUGCCUGAUGCAACUUUAUCGCCUGACAGUGGUACAUCAGUAGAAUCUCAGUGUCAAAUGAAUAUGAGCAAUCACACCACACCUAUGAAACGAUCGCACGAGACAGCUGUUGUUAUAAUUACUUCUAAAGGUCGAACAGUGCAAUCCACAAAAAUCACAUAA